AUGACAGAUCCGGUAUUAGCUAUGGACUUUAGGGUAUAUUCCAAUUUGGGUGUUGAUUCAAGACAAAAGACUGAUCUGAGCUUCACAUUCGCCAUGGGAGACGUCGCCGUGGAGACUCCGGCGAACAACGUCACGCCUCACACCAAGGCAGCUCCAUUGGACACCAUCCCCAACAUAGACUCGCUGGAGGGCACCGGAAACGACGGUGGCGAUGAGUAUGCAACCUUGAAGCGCUUACAGAGACACUUGGAGUACAUUCAGCUCCAGGAGGAAUACAUCAAGGAUGAACAAAGGAGCCUGAAGCGAGAGCUUGUUCGUGCACAGGAGGAGAUUAAGCGGAUACAGAGUGUUCCCUUGGUCAUCGGCCAAUUUAUGGAAGCAAUCGACCAGAACACCGGUAUUGUGCAGUCAUCGACCGGCUCGAAUUAUGUCGUCCGCAUCCUGUCUACCCUCGACCGCGAGAAGCUCAAGCCUUCAUCCUCGGUCGCCCUCCACCGUCACUCCAACGCCCUUGUUGAUAUCCUCCCCCCGGAGGCAGACUCCUCGAUUGCUAUGCUGGGCGAGAAUGAGAAGCCAGAUGUUACAUAUGCGGAUGUUGGUGGUCUCGAUAUGCAGAAGCAGGAGAUCAGGGAGGCCGUCGAACUGCCUCUGACGCACUUUGACCUUUACAAGCAGAUCGGUAUUGAUCCCCCUCGUGGUGUCCUUCUGUACGGCCCUCCUGGUACCGGUAAGACCAUGCUUGUCAAGGCAGUGGCGAACAGCACAACCGCCAGCUUUAUCCGUGUGAACGGUUCCGAAUUCGUGCAGAAGUACCUCGGUGAAGGACCUCGCAUGGUCCGUGACGUUUUCAGAAUGGCCCGGGAGAACUCCCCAGCUAUCAUCUUCAUCGAUGAAAUCGAUGCCAUCGCCACCAAGCGUUUCGACGCCCAGACGGGUGCCGACCGUGAAGUUCAGCGUAUCCUUCUGGAACUCCUGAACCAGAUGGACGGCUUCGAGCAAACGAGCAACGUUAAGGUCAUCAUGGCUACCAACCGAGCGGACACUCUGGAUCCUGCCUUGUUGCGUCCGGGUCGUCUGGACCGUAAGAUUGAGUUUCCGUCCUUGCGCGACCGACGUGAGCGCCGGUUGAUCUUCACCACAAUAGCGUCCAAGAUGUCCCUCUCCCCUGAGGUCGACCUUGACUCGCUGAUUGUGCGCAACGAGCCGCUUUCGGGUGCGGUUAUCGCGGCUAUCAUGCAAGAGGCGGGUCUCCGCGCCGUUCGUAAGAAUCGCUACAACAUCAUCCAGUCCGAUUUGGAGGAUGCCUAUGCUGCUCAAGUGAAGACUGGACAGGAAUCCGAUAGACUCGAAUUCUACCGGGAUUUGUUGACCGAUUCGACACAGCAUAUGAUUAUCAGUGUACAGCAGAGCACAGCACUUAGAAGGGGAGCUACCGGAGCUCCACGGCAGCGUACCUGUCAGCUGCUCACCCGGACAGGCAAGGUCCCGGGCGCGGACUUACGAUACUCGGAUACGGGUACAACAGGCAGCAGGCCAAGGCGGUCUUACAUCAUCACUCUAGCGCCAGAUAGGCUGAUAAGAAGCGGUAAACGGCGUUGGGGAAGAACAAUCGUCCUCCUCCCCCAACCACUGUCGCUAGUAAUGGUGGUUUGA